AUGAGAUGCCAAAAUGGACAGAUGAUCGGCAUGCCCACGCCCUGGCGAGUCUGUCUGGUGGUCAUGUCGUCAUUUUGGCUUGAGCAUCUGCUCCGGCAUUUCAAGCCCUCCUCUUUCUCUCGGUACCCUUCGUCCACUCUGUCCGCGUGUAUCAUGUUGCCAUGCCUCAGCCUCCAGUCUCCAUCAACCACGUCCAUUCUGCAUGCAUCUCUGCCUCUGGCUCUCUGGUCGUCCCGACUUCAUCGUGUGCCGGAGGCUUCACAUGUUUAG